AUGAGGACGAGCGUAACUAAGAUUCAAACUUAUCAAUUCACACUGAAGGCCAUUAAGGCAGUGGAGGCCAUUAAGGCAGUGGAGGCCAUUGAGGCACUGGAGGCCAUCGAGGCAGUGGAGGCCAUUGAGGCCGUGAAGGGCAUUGAGGCCGUGAAGGGCAUCAAGAUAGUGGGGGGAGCCGAAGGGAAGCGUGAGCCGAAGGGAAGCGUGGAGUCUUACCCACGCAUGCGGUAG